AUGAUCGCGGCAAAUUUACUACCUUCUUUCAUGGCUUUAAGGACUUUUUUAGAAGCUUUUGGCGAUUUGAACGGAGAAAAGGACACGGUAGAUUGGAAGCCGGUUUUGGACAAAGGCUAUUCGGUAGCUUCUUUUUACGCUUCGUAUGCUUUGUCGCGUAUUCCUUAUGGUCCUUUAAAUAGGCAUGAUGAAGCUUUGGAAUGGAUUUGGAAAAUGGCGGUUCCUUUUAAGAUGAACGCUUUCGGGUGGAGACUUCUUGUGAAUAGAUUGCCAACAAAAGAUCUUUUAUUGAGAAGAGGUAUUUCCUUAUCUUCUUCUUCUUCCUCUCACUCUAAUUGUAUUUAUUGUGAAUUGCAUAAGGAAGAUAGGGACCAUAUGUUUUUUGGGUGUAGUGUGAUUAUCUUAGUUUGGAAAGAAAUUGUUUUGUGGGUGGAUUUUCCGGGAAGGUUUGAGGACUUGUGUAUCUCGUCUUUUAUGGAUUUGUACACUUGGAGCUGUGUAAAAAGAAUUAAAGAUGGCAAAUUGGGGGUGUUGUGGUUAGCCACUUCUUGGAUCAUUUGGUUGACAAGGAAUGAGUUUUGCUUUAGGAAUGAGAUUUGGAACAUAAGCAAUAUAGUUUGGAACAUUAAGAUUUUGGUUUGGAGAUGGUCCUUUUUUGGCGAUAUUGCCCAUCCAAAUAUUAGAUUUUACGAUUUUGUUAAAGACCCUUUAUCUUUUAUGUCGUAA